AUGUACGAGAAUACCAUUACGCACCAAGAUGAAUACAUAGCCCAGCAGUAUGAGAGCCAAGACAUGACCCGAGACCCUUCACUGGAGUCUUUUGGCAGCGCCGUCUCAAUGCAGUCCGUCUGGGGGUGUGCCACACCUGAUACCGUACUUUCGAACCAGGAUCUGCUUCAGGGGGAGCUCAGUCAGCAGGCACAGCAUAUCCCUGUUGUCAUGGGCCUCGACCAAGGCCAGUUCGCUUAUCAAAGCGGCUAUGCAAUGCAGUACAUGGAUUUCCAGGGGCAUGGCGGGACAGAAUGGACCGGCAACGUGAGCGUCGAUGCCGGAGUGGUCGCGUACCCGGGCACGCUGGACGAUGGGGGCGACGUGUACGAUCAGCAGGUAGCGGCCUCUUGGAACUAUAUUGCUCCUGACUUCCAAGCUCACUGGCCGCAGCAACAACAGUACCAUGACGUGCACGACCUUCAGGCGAAAUCAACUUCUACCAUGGACGAGCUUUGGCCCAGUGAAGCUGCCAAUGAGCCACCGGUCCAGACGGUGCAGCCGACCACCCCGGAAGAGGGACCAUCCUCCCCCAAGCGGUUGUACCGGUGCCCGUACGAAGGCUGCGACAGCGUGUUCGAUCGCUCCGCCAACCUGACGCGGCACGUCCUAAAGAGCAAAAAGCACGUCAUAGCGGACGACAGCAGCGACAAGCCCGAGAUAUUCCACUGCGGAUUCCGAAUCUGUCAACGGGCAGGGCGUGACGCCAUUCCGCGCAAGGAUCACUGCCGUGAGCACCUGCGAAAUUUUCACAAGCAGGAUCUCUACAAGCGCGGCGAGAACCUGAAGGCCGACUGGCUUGAAGAAUGCCUCAUCGACAAGACCUACUGGUACUGUAACAAAUGUCUGACGAGGAACAGCACAGUCGACGUAUCAUCUCCUUGGAGGUGCAGCCGUUGUGGAACCAAGUGCGAGCCCGAGAGGGUUGCUAUCAGGCUUCAACUGUAA